AUGAUUAAAAAAUUUAAAAAAUAUUGGAAAUCUAUCCUUGAUCAUGUCAUAAUUGCCCAUGUGCUUGAUCCAAGAUAUAAGUUUGAGCACUUAAAAGAAACACUUAUUGAAGUCGGUGGAUAUAAAGAUAGUGACACAGAAAUAUUUGUCAAUGAUAUUUGCAAAAAAGUUCUUUCAUAUGGACUGAAAUAUUCCAGCACAAGUCUUUCAGAUUAUGUUGAAAUUGAUAAUAACAAUGAUAAUUCUACGUCCAAUUCCUUAUUUCCUAUAAGAAGAACUUCAAAAAGGCGAAAACGAAUAGAUACAGUCGAAUAUGAGUUAGAACUAUAUGAAACACAUGAUUUUCUAAGCAUUAAACCCUCCGGCAUUUCUAGUGAAAGAGCAUUCUCAAGAGCUGGUUUCACACUUACUAAUGAUAGGGCAAGUCUUUGUGAGACAACUGUUUCAUGCACAAUACCUAUGCACUCGUGGCUAAUGGAAAGCCAAAAUGAGUCUAGCCCUCUUAACUCUAUUCCAUAA